AUGGAAAAUGCUUGUGCAGUUGGAAGAGAAGAGGCUGGGAAAGGAGUUGUUCCCGCUGCUGGAGCAUCUGUUGCAAAACCUGAAGCUCCAGUAUCUGGAAACAAAAGCGAAACAGAAAAGCCAGCUCCAGUAGCCAAGGCGGAUGAUAGCGCUUCACCUUUACCUCCAAAAGCAAUUGUAACUUUCCUUUUUCUGUUUUUCCAAAGAGAAUUCACAUUAGCAUUACUCAGCAUUGUCAUGGUUAUAGUUACUUCUCUUCUUUUUGUCGUCGUUGUUACUGCUACUGCUGCUGUUACAAUGAGGUUGCUCCAGACAAUGAAUUUGAGAAGCGUAUCAGACCUGAGGUCAUCCCAGCAAGUUUACACUGGAAGAGCUUUGUUUACACUGGCUGCAAAGAUAUCUCCGACUACAAUUUUUGUUGAUGAGGUUGAUAGCAUGCUUGGACAGCAGAUUAACCGUUUGGGCAAAGUUUGUCCAAACGGUUAUAACCGUUUGGACAAAACUCUGUUCUUGAAUGCAAUUACAGGUGUAGGUGUUGCUAAGACUAAUAAUUGGGUUUUUGAUACCUCUCAAUUUGAUAACAUUCUUAAAAGACUGAAAGUGCAAGUUGCUGAUCCAUCUAAUAAAGUAUCUGCAGAACUUGUAGAAACAAAUACUGAGCAAGAAAAUUCUCAAAAAGACACUUCUGUUGUGGAUCAAGCUACGAAGGCUACUACUACUAGGCCACAAGGAAGUUAUGAAAACUUAGGAGCUUUUGCGAAACAACGAGAACUCUAUGCUUCUGUUAAAAAUUUUUUUGAUAUGAGCUCUCUACGGACGACAAUACCAUUUCCAGGGGUGCCUACUACUCAACAAUGGUUACCUCAGAGUUCCAACAUCCAAGGUGUACCAUACGUGGAAUCAAGAACCUAGUUCUAUGUUCUCAAACGCACAAGGCACUAGCACAUCUCGUCAUGGGAAUCCAUAUGCUUAGACAUAUAUCGGCCAAGGUAACAUGACCGCUGCUAGUGAUACCAUGGAUGCUUGCAAGUUCUGAUAGUGCACUGACAAAACCUGUUGUUCCCUUCUUUCUUGUCAUGAGGUUACAAUCAAACAAGAAUAUUUAAACAGUUGUUUCAUUCUUUCUUUUCUUUCACAUUUUCCUCUCUUUCCAUUGUGUUUCUUUUUUUCCUUCAUAGAUUACAAGCAAACUGGAAUAUGUAAACAAGUCUUUGAGUGUUGGCUUAAAAAUGGAAAUGAAUGUAACUAUUUUGCAGUGGGAGCAAA